AUGAUAUUGGAUAUAUUCAAAACGUCUUCUGGAGCAUCUGAUCUAUCGGCUUCACAAGGAUUUAUUGUAAACGAUGAACCGAUUACCAUUUUUCGGUUGGAACUUGAAAGGCUACAAUUUAUGCUGCAGUUUCCCGAAGAAAUUGCAUUUCAGCUUACUGCAACAGAAUAUCAGCUGUUUUAUUCAAUACAACCAAUGGACUUUGUACGUUACGUAAGCUGUGAAUUGACCUCUGUACCAAUGAUGGAAAAUCCUAGUCCGGUGAAGAAUCUGAUUAAACGACUUUCGGAGGUAAGUUCAUGGAUAACACAUAUAAUUAUCAGUUCUCCCAAUCAUGAUGACAGAAAAGCAGCACUGUUAUCAAUUAUACGAAUGGUCGAUACAUGUUGGAACAUAGGUAACUUUAACGGUGCUGUUGAAAUAUUGAUGGGCUUAAAAAGUGAAAAGUUGCGGCCAUUUUGGUUAACGUUAUCCAGAGAAGAAAAAAAAAGGUUUGAUCAGUUAUGCGAAAUUCUUCUGCCAAGCAAUCAAGCCGCCGCAUCUGGAAUUUACAUAGAAGCUGUACAAAGAGCUUUAAAUAUGCCCCAAUGCCGUGUUAUUCCUUUUUUUGGAAUUUUCCUAAGGGAUCUGUAUGCAAUUGUAAAUGAUAUGCCAAAUGUUGUGAUAAUGGGUCACGAGAGGAAAAAAGAGAAACUUGAGUUUUUGAAUGAUUGCAAUGGAGAAGAUCAUUUCUCAACUCGAAUUGGUGUAGGAGGUCUGCUAAAUGCUGACAAAAUUCAACUAGUUGCCGUUGUACUAGAAAAUAUUGGUGCCUUCCAUAAACAUAUCCGUAAAAUUGUGAAACAUGUUGAUGAUUACGUUGUGACCCAUGCCAACGGAGAGCAGAUAGAAAUUAAGGGCUACGAGCCAGUUCAACCGGUGAAAGGAGGCGCACAUGGGAUCUCUUUAAUUCCGCUGGAUACGUCCCUUUUUGAUUUGGAUACAGUACAGAGAAUGCACCAUGGUAUGACGGUAAUCAAUCAUGAUUUAGCAUCAGGAAGAAGCGUGCUGUGUAUGAUGAAACUUGAUGCAAGUUGCAGCAUUCUGUCGUGGCAUAAAGUCCAUUACGCAAGUGACAAUCAUGAUAAGGAGACUGUUUCCACAAAACCAUCAAAUGACAAGCAAGUGGUACAAACGCAAGAUAACGUUUCAUGCGCUCCGUCACCGACUCCCUCUUCCAGGCCAACUAGCGGAACGACCGUAAAUCUCGAGGAAGGAUUUCUAGACCUUCUUUCUGUUAAAUCUGUAGAACGGAUUGAUUCAUACGACAUAGACGUUGAAACGAUUUAUCGUAAACACAGUUCUGAAGAUAACGCUGUACCUGUAUACUGCUGGGCUAUUACUUAUGGUUCUCAUAUAUCAGAAAACGAGUUUCUUUACUUUAUAGGAUUACAAGAAACUGCUCACUACUGGCUCUCAGGAUUAACAGGAGUAGUUAAACAUCUACGCGAACAGCUGAAACAGCCAGAUAGAAGAGUGUUAUGGUUGAAGAAACUUUACCUACAACUUUACUCUGAAUCAGAAGCGUGUGUCAGUGUUUCAACUAACGAAGGAAAAGGCCUUGGUGGUCCACGGCCAUUAGAUGCGCUAUCAGCAUUUGGAGGUCAAGUUGAUAAAUACCGAGAAUUAACUGAAACUAUGUCAACAAAAACGCAGGGAACAGAACCAGCAACUCCAGACAGUAGUGGCCCAAAAAGCAGGCUUAUGCAAAUGACAAUGGCUGUAACCCGUCGAAUGAGGGGUAAUAGCCGCGACUGUAGUAGGUCCCAAAGUCCCCAACCAGUUUCUUCUUCACUGCGCAACAAGCCGUUGAACAUGUCGAUUAGAAGUCAGGCUUCAAGCCACAGCGGUACUGUUGGACCAAACAGCCCGGCACUUUAUUUAAAACCUCGUUCUGUAGCAGCAUGGAGUGAAGAAGGCGGCGAUGCAGACUCAAUCUGCACCACAAGGUCUCGUUCACCAACUGCUAGUUCUUAUGGUGGUCGCUCGCUUGGUGCUCGUUCAACAAGAUCCUGGAAUCAUACUGGCAAUUUGAGUGAACUUUUAUUCACUCCUCGACCUCGAACUGCUACUAACAGCUCGUUUACCGGUCGAUCGACAGGCGGCCGUUCACUCAGAUCAUGGAAAUCUAAAGGAGGCGAUAUUUCAAACUCAGGUUCUGUCAGCAGCAGUGGUUUUACUUCUAUAAAUACUCAAGUGGAAAAAGAAUAUCACGAAAGACCACUAACAUUUGUAGAGUUUAUCGAACUGUAUAGACUUUUCAGUGCGCGAUUGAGGAAGGACAUCAAAGAUAUUUUUAAUGAUUGCGUUACGACGUUUGGUGUAAAUAGCCAUGUUUCGAAGAAGGAAAAAGAAAGACAUAGUCCAAGGGUACAGUCGAGGCUUGAUUCAACUACCAGUGUCUGCCCUAAUAGCUCUCUUCAUGAUUUUAUUCCUAACGAUGUUUUAACGAGAAAUCGUCUAGCUGCUCAAAAAUUUACGGAGAAACAGCAGAAGAUUUACAAGGCAUUAGCAAUGGCAAGUGUUAAUAGUAUGGUGGAUAUGCAACAAACUCCAUAUCUGACUCCAACAAUGUUGAAGCAGUUCUGUGCUGCUUAUCAAAUGGAACUCAUCGAUGAAAACUAUGCUACUAAAUUAAUUCAGGAACACGAACCAGAUGCUUACUGUCGUAACAAACAGCAGAUGACCUUUGAGGGAUUUGUGCGUUUCUUGAAUGAUUCUCGAAAUUUUGCUUUUGUUCCUGAAGAAAUUGAGGCUGAGUGUGAGACAUUUAAUCAUCCUCUUAGUCAUUACUAUAUUUCUUCAAGUCACAAUACUUACCUUACUGCCCAUCAACUCAAAGGAGAGUCUUCACCUGAAAUGUAUCGACAAAUUCUUCUGACCGGGUGCAGAUGUGUUGAAUUGGACUGCUGGGAUGGCGAUGACGGUUUUCCACAAAUUUUUCACGGGCAUACACUGACCUCAAAAAUAUUUUUAAGACAAGUUUUAGAUGUCAUCAAAAAAAGUGCUUUUAUUACCAGUAGUCUUCCAGUAAUACUAUCGCUAGAAAAUCAUUGUUCAUUACAGCAACAAGCGAAAAUGGCACAGAUGAUUCAGAAUUAUUUGGGUGAUAAAUUAGUGACGAACUUUUUGUUCGAGUCCGAUUACAGUGAUAACCCACAUUUACCAACUCCUUAUCAGUUGCAGUAUAGAAUACUGAUUAAAAAUAAAAAAAUGGUUUUUGAGCCAAGUACUGGUUUAAUAGAAAGAAGUUUAUCAAGAAAUGCACUUCGUGACUUUCCACGGGAUCAAAGCAAAAUGUCUUAUGAAUCAAGCCUUUAUGAAGAUGGCGAAGACGAUGACCUUGAUGAGUUCCUUGACGACGAACCUGAUGAAGAGGAUGACCGCACAGAUAAUGCCGAUAGUGACAAGCGAACAAUGAAACAACCGGAAGAGUGUAAAGGCGAUACGAUGAGUAGUGAUCGUGACAGCAGAAGAGACGGCAGAAACGGCCUGAGCAAUUUCGAUCGAUCAGAUGCUUCGACUGCCGGUAGCCAACAGUUUUUGGCUCCCAAACAAGUGCAGCGUAAACGCAUUGCAGCCGGUCCGUUAGCACCGGAACUUUCAGAUCUCGUCAUUUAUUUACAGGCUGUGAAAUUCAAGGGUUUCCCGAAGCCUACAACCACUGGAGGAGAACUAGAUGAAGCAGAGUCCACACGUCCACCAGGCCCAGUAACACUAAGAACUCGAGCAAAUACUCUGUUGCCCACUCCUUCUCCACGUAGAACGAAAGGUGGACAAAUAGAAAAUAAUCAGAAAUUAAGUACCGACCCAAGUUCUGGUCCUCGGCCAAACGUUAGCGCAUCAUGUUAUCAAGUGACUUCAUUGAAUGAAAAUGCUGCUAGGAAAAAACAUCGUUCAAAGUGCACGGCAUAUUCUCGUAAUCAUGUUGUGCGUACUUAUCCUGGCGGAAUGCGAAUUGAUUCUUCGAACUUUAACCCUACCCAGUUUUGGGCCUAUGGUUUUCAAAUGGUAGCUCUUAAUUUUCAAACUUCUGAUGUACCGAUGGCUGUCAAUACAGCAAUGUUUGAGCAAACGGGAAAUUGUGGUUAUGUUUUGAAACCACGCGUUUUGUGGGAUGAGAAACAUCCUUUAUAUGGACGUUAUAAUCCUGUUUCAAAAGAUCCUUCUUGUUAUUCAGCGAUGAUCUUAACGCUCAAUAUCAUUUCUGGUCAACAUGUCUUUCCUAAACAACCGGUUGGUUCACCAUAUCUUGAAGUAGAAGUGAUAGGGAUGCCGUGUGAUAGUGUGAAAUAUAAGAGCAAGGCUGAACAUCGAAAUGCAGUAAAUCCGAUAUGGAAUUUUCUUUCUGUAUUCAGAAUUACCUGUGUUGACUUAGCUUUUCUAAGGGUUGCAGUAUGCGAUGCAUCCAACGGGAGAUGUUACGCUCAGCGGGUGGUACCAGUAAGAUGUUUACGUCCUGGAUAUCGUCACCUUCCGCUCCGCGACGGAGCAAAUCAUCCUUUAGACCAGUCUAUGUUGUUUCUGUUUUCUAAGUUUGAACAGGAGGAAAUUAUUUAUUUGUUCGACGACAACCAGGACUUCCCUUCAAACUAUGAGCAACAGUUAACAUGGCAAACGUUGAAAGCUGAUCCGGCCGCAAAAGUGGAAAUGAUUCCAGUAUUGAAAAAACAAAUUUUUAUAUUAAAAAUUAUUGGAUUUUAUCCAGAUGACACUCCAAUAAUUGUACGAGUGGAAUCUUCAAGCACUGUGAAAAAAGUUAUUCAGUCGGCGCUGGUUAAAAGUGGGAAGAACAGUGAUGCUGCUGAAGAUUAUGUCUUGAUUGAGGAAAGGGUGAAGUCUCCGGGGACCAGUACCUCAUUAGACAUUUCCGACGGCACAGAAAAUUCAAACCAAAGAAUAUUACCUUCUAACGAACCAAUCAUGGAUGCUGUGGCUUGUUGGAACGGUUUUACUAUGCGGUUUAUAAUUAGGAAAAAAAAUGCUGACCCUGGAAGCAAGGCAUGGAUUUCGUCACUGAUAAAAAGUGGCAGCGGUCAGUCACCGUUGACCACUAACGCUAGUGCAUCACAUCAUGAGUUAAUGACUUACGAAACUGGAGCUCAUUUCAAAUCGCACUCUUCGACACAAAUUUAUGAAAUUUCAGAGUUAGAAAAAAGCAAUGAGACUUUAGGAGCACCUGCAGGCGGGAUACAUCCUCGUGCUCGAUCUAUGGGCGAAACAUUUUUGGUUUGUAUCCAUAAUGUUAGCGCUGAUCAGCCGUAUGCAAUUAUUCGUGCGUGCACCUCGAGCACUGCUGCUGACAUAAUUCAUCAGGUCUUUCUGAAAACUUCCUCAGCUGACCUAAAUUACAAUGAUUACGUUCUUGUUGAGGAAACUGCAGAUAGCGGCAGAUUCGGCACCAAAAAAAUUUGUCUUCCCUCCAGCUUGAGCCGUACAACGUGUCGUGUCCUCAGCCCAGAUGAAAAUGUGUGGAAGGCGCAGAGCAAAUGGAAAAGCGCUGGGCGUUUUGUGCUUGAAAAUCGAAAGCAAACGGUAAAUCAGGCGUUAGAAAAAGUGAGAUCACUUAUUGAAGAAAUGGAAAUUGCUCAAUUAAAAGCAAUUGCUGUCGGCAAAUCACAAGCACUACAGUUUUCUCUCCAGUAG